AUGAGAAACACUCGGAGUGCUAAGCGGGCAAGGAUCGCAACUACUGGUACUUCCAACGCCGCCACAGGUACCACACAAAGCAGCCAAUCAAAUAUACACGCAUGCAACGACACGAACGAUGAGCCUGAACCCACCCAACCUCUGGAGAAGGGUGCGGAUACACAUAAAGACGCGCGUGUGAUGCUAUUACAGCCCAUUGAGAAGGACGGAGAUACACUAAAUUCUAAGCACAGUAAACAUACAGCGAAUAAGGUACGCAACGCACUUGCAAGGGGGACUAAGCGUGGGUCAAGCACACGUGAUGGAACAGAGAAGGGUGUACACAGCUCCAAAAACCAAGCAGUUACUAGAAAUAGUGACGUUCAGAAUUCUUUGACCACUGUACAGAUGGAUGUGAUGAUUCCCCACGAUAUCCUGGUGUUGAUUAUACAGCACUGCGACGAGAAAGAGUUGCUAGAGUAUGUCCGCUGUGUUUAG